AUGUCCACACAAACCAGCGUAUCCCCAGAACGCGUAGUCAUUGGUUGCUUGUUCACACCCACAGAUCCAAAUGGCUUCGUAGACGUGACCAUCAGAGAUGGACCUAAAGGGACAUUUACCCUGACGAGACAUAACCGCUUCUUCAGCGAAUUAUCAAACAUGAAGCAGUACCACAGCUCAGCUAGGAAGAAUGAAGACAAUGAACCUUACUUUAUCCACGUGAUCUAUGACAAAACAUUACAUGGGACACCACGAUGCCCGUACUUAGUAGUGAAAGGAAUGUGCAAAGGGCAGGCAGUCGGCCUGGAACGCAAGGAUUACAUGGCUGCGACCAAUGCUGUUGAUCAUGUGAUACGGAAAGUGAAAGUUGAGGAGAGAAAAGAAGGGGAUAAAGUGUAA